AUGCACCGGACGGUGAGUGUUUGUGUGGUAAUCGUGUUGCUGGUGUCGACGGUACAACUAACCGAUGGGGACAUUCCGGUAGAUGAAACCGAACACGAACAGCUACUUGCGGUAGUGCCCUGCAUUAGGCGGCUAUGCGAGAAGUACUUUCGGUCGGAACGCGCCAUGAAGGGUUCGCUGGCGAUCAUCAACAUCAAACCGGACGCGUCCACUUUCCAGCAGCACAUACUGCGCUCGUUCAACGAAGAUCCACGCCACGAGCUGGGCGUGAUGGUGAAGGAUGCGGCCCGCCCGCACUGGAACGCAUCGCACGUGACGGAGAAGGCAAAGAACUAUCUGAUGCUGAUAGCGGACUCGUCCGCACUGGCUGCCCCGAUACGGCAGCUGCGCCGUCUACCAACGUGGAACCCGCUCGCCCAGGUAGUGGUAGUGUUCACGGCCGAGUUGACACCGCUCGUGUUCGAAAUCGAGGUACGCAACGUGCUGCAGGAACUGUUCGACAAUUCCAUGCUGAACGUGAACGUGAUGGUGCAGCGGUACAACACCACCGUGCUGGAGGUGUGGACCUGGUUCCCGUACGAGAGUGGUGGCUGUGCGGACAAUAUCGACCGGUUGCGGCUGGUAGACGAGUGUGAGUACAUCUUCCAGGAGGCGGAACCGGAGCGCAACGUACGGGCCGCGUGGGUGUACCGCGAGCGCCAUUACUUCUCCGACUAUGGGCCGAAGAUACCGAAGUACUACCACUACUGUCCGCUCAAGGUGUCAACCAGCAUCUGGGAACCGUUUGUCGUGGGCAAUGCUAGCCACAUCGAGAAAGGGCUCGAGGUGCUGAUGCUCGAUGCCAUUACGGCCCGGAUGCGGUUGGUACCGGUAUUUAGCGUAAUCGAAUCGGCACUUACCACGGCCCGCAUCACCGCCGACAAUCAGACGGGUUUGUAUGCGGAUGUGUUGCAGCGGCGCACCGAUCUGAUGGUUGGCGGUUUGCACGAGAACCCGAUCAGUCGAAAGCUGCUGUCCGCUACCAUACCGUACUAUCAGGACGAUUUGACAUGGUGCGUGCCAACGGCACGGCACGCACCAAAAUGGCUGAACGUGUUUAUCAUCUUCAACGUGUGGACGUGGUUGAUCGCGAUCGGGAUCAUCUUUGCAGCGGCCGCAUUGCUGUAUCGCUUCAAUUAUGUCGAACGGUUGUAUCGUGUCAAUUAUACGUGGAUGUUGCUCCAGUCGCUUGCAUUCUCGCUGAGCGUGUACGCACAUUAUUGGCCACGGCGCGUCUCCAUACGGCUGUUCCUGAUCGGGUACAUGUUUUACGGUUUGCACUGGAACGCAGCCUACCACAGCUUCCUCAUCUCGGUACUGACGCGCCCACGGUACGAGCCCCAAAUCUCCACCAUCCAGCAAGCGAUCGACGCGGGGUUUGUAUUUGUUGGGGCCGAAAACACCCUUGGCCACUUUGACAAACCGGAUGCAAAUUCGCGCCACAUUGCGGCACACUAUCGGGUGUGCAAAAAUCUGGACGAAUGUUUGGGCCGGUUGCGGCUCGAACGGACGAUCGCGAUCGCGAUGAGCCGGGCCCAUUCGAGCAAUAGUCGUGCGAUCGGCGAGGCCGAACUGUACUGCUUUCCGAAGGCCGAAAACAUCUACACCUACUCGGUGAGCAUGCUGGCGAAGAAGGACUUCCAUCUGUUGCCGAAAAUUAACGAGCUUAUCCGGCGGAUUAGUGAAUCGGGGCUGCUGGGCAAAUGGCAGAAGGAGAGCGAAAAGAUCCGCAUCGAUCAGGAGGAGGAGGAUGGAACCGGUGGCGGUGGUGGGGGUGGUGAGAAGAGUGGAGAAGGACAGACCAUUUUACGGUUGGAUCAUAUUGAGGGUGCAUUUUAUUUGGGCGCUGCGGGGCUAAUUCUCGCACUGAUUGCUUUCAUCGGUGAGGUGUUGUACUAUCGGGCCAAGCGGCGCUAUCGAUGGCGAGACAAUCUGCUCGAUCGGUACCUUCUGUGAGGAGGGUGAAGCGAGCAGAGGAAUGCAAAAAAAAGGAACUUGGUUUAGGCGCGUGCCAUGUGAAAGGAAGUUAGUGACCUUGUGCGAUCGAACGAAUGCUUGUGCGCGGCCGCUCGUACCACUUGUACAGGAACUUGUAGCCAAGAUAUGGUGCUUUGGUUUUUGUUGAUACCUCCUUCAAGAGGGGGCCUAGUGUGCGCGCCUUCGCCAAUGUGUAUGUUUAAUUUUUUGUUACUACUAUACGGACGAACGUUGCUGUUCCGUUUGCGAGCCGCCCGUGUAUUGUUCGUCAAAAGUACGUCGCGUACAUUCCAAUGCGCGGUAAUCCCCUGCAAGAAGGGGCAACUUAGGAAAGAAGGUCCAAUAUGAUUGUGGGCUUCAUGCCGAAACCAUCAAACGUUAAACUGUUUUUGAUCCAUUUGUACGCACAAAUACUUACGUUGCUCGUGGAACGCCGUAGGAACGCGUUGUCAACGGUUGAAGCAUUUGGAGUGGCUCUGCGAAUAGUAAUUAGUGUCCAGCUCGAUUUCCGGCCGGACUUAGGGUGGAAAAUGCGGAACGCAAAUUCCGCUCGAUAAGCACGCCGCAAGUAACAAAACGAGCAUUCAUGUUUUUGGUUGGCGAACAAACGGCGCCGAGGGCCACACGUGGGAGAAGGACCUGUUGUUUAAGGUGCGGAAAAUCUCUACCAUACGCCCACCGACGCCAUUCAGUAUUGGAGGGGGGUGGCUCGUAACAAUCGGUUGUAGGAAAUCUUUUUGCAAAGUACUAUCCAAAUGCUCACCGCUAGUACUACAUAUGAAUUAUUCAGUGUGCUCCGUUGCCCUUCGGCGGAAGUGAGAGAAGAGAAGGUUUCGAAUGAACAGCUUUUUUUUUGUUUACAGGUGUCAGCAAGGGUUAGCUUUUUGGAGCAUAAAUUUGUCCAUUUGAAGGUAACACUGUUUAAAUGGAUUAUGCGGAUUAAUGGAAUAGUACCGGGGAAAAAAGGUAUUUAGGUUUAAAUUUAUAU